UGAAGAAGAGUUCAAACCAAAAUAAAAGAUGGCGAUUCUGUGCAAGAGCAACAGUACCAGCAGUACUUUUUUGUUUUGAUCUGUGCCCCGCUAGUUGCAAAUAGCUGUUCCUGUAGGACGACGAAACGGAAAACCCUGCAAAAAUUGCGUCAAAGCAUGAAAUAGCGCUUACCUGCUUGAGCCGCAGUAACAGCAAGCCGAAAAUGUCUCGCACCAAGUCACGGCUGCAGGCAGAAAUCUGCGGCGAUUGCGGUAGCUCAGAUCCAUCGUGGGCAUCAAUAAACCGAGGAAUUUUGCUGUGCGCCGAUUGUUGUUCAAUUCAUCGCAGCCUGGGACGGCAUAUUUCGCAAGUGAAAUCCCUUCGUCAGGGAAGCUGGGCACCAUCGGUGUUGGCUUUCGUUAAUCAACUUAAUAGUCACGGGGCUAACAGUGUGUGGGAGCACUUGUUACUGGACUCAGUAGCUCCGAAGAACUUGAAACGCAAGCCUUCUCCGAAAGAUCCGCUCCAUCCUACGAAGGCAGAUUUCAUCCGGGCAAAACAUGUUAACCUGUCGUACGUUCUUAAACCUAGCCUGGAGGAUGGAGUCAGCGGACAGGGAAGUUUGGAGGCAGAGUUAAGUAAACAACUACAUGCCAGUGUCCGCUCCGGCAAUUUGGAAACUAGCCUUAGGUUUUUGGUGCAAGGAGCGGAUCCGAACUUUUUCCACGAGGAAAAGGGUUCUACACCAUUACAUGUGGCAGCUCGAUCCGGUCAGCUGUCCCAGAUGGAGCUACUGAUGGUAUACGGAGCGGACGUGAAUGCGCUGGAUUCACAGGGAAAUUCGCCGCUGGAUGUGGCGAAGGCGUGCAAGCAAUCGGCUAUUGCUGAACGGCUUACGGAGGCUAUGUACGAGGUGACCGACCGCUUGAGUUACUUUCUCACGGGAAAAAAACCGGAUCAUUUGGCUGGUCAGCAUCUUCUUAUUCCAGACCAAUCGAAAAAAGAGAUAAGCGAUCAACUAAAAAUCGCACGUGGAAAGUUGCAAUUAGUUCCGAACCGGAUGUUCGAAGAAUUGGUAAUGGAUUUAUAUGACGAAGUUGAUCGGCGUGAAACGGAAGCCAUCUGGUCUACUACUUCGUUGAAUCCGGAAAUUGGAGCGGUUCCCUUUUUGCCAACGAAUCCACAUUUAAGUGCUACAAGAAACCAGGGUCGUCAAAAGCUGGCCCGCUUCAGUCAACAGGAAUUUUCUGGACUAAUCAGUGACGUUUUGAUCGAUGCACGCCGUCGACAAAAUAUGGCUAAUUUGCGUCCUAUCGAUGCACCGUUGCCGAAUAAUUUGAAUCAGCUGCGUACGGUCGCCACCCGGGAAAACAAUCUGUCCGACGAUGAGCCGCUGUACGACGCCGUUGCUUCAGAUGAUGAUUACGCUGCGUUGGCGCCUGUCGCACAACAGGCACUGGUGAACAAAUCACCGCCCAGCAUCGUCUCCAAUGCGGAGGUCGAAACGCUUCGACAGAAGCUGCAAGACCAAGAAUCAACCAUCAACGAGCUGCGAGUACUGGUACACAAACUCACCAGCGAAAACUGCCAACUGAAAUCCCGGAAUGUAAGCCCCAAGGAGCCGGAAAUAUUACUACGAAUUGAUAGUCACCCGAAUGGAUCUUCUCCGGCUACCCCUGAAACGGAAGAAGCCGACCCAGUUUCUGACGGUCGCCAGUACUACAAACGUCCGGCAAGCAUGUACGAAGCACGACAGAUUACGCGUGAUGAGAACCGACCACCGAUCACGCAAAGUCUAUACUCAAUGGCCCCGCUAUCUGGCCACAACAGCGGUGUCAUCAGCAAUCCUACAGGAGUCGCCACAAGUAUGAACAACAGCGCUGGCUCCGAUUUGAACAGCUCUACAGGUAGCAGAAGUGGCAGCCAACCCCAGUUUCCGCCCUUUGACGAAGUCAAAAAGCGAACCGACCUUGUGGCCAGGCGUAUCAAAGAGCUUUUUGCAGCGAUGCAGGAACUAUCCAAGACAGACGCUUUCAUACCGUGUGCCGAGCGAAUACGGAUAGCAGUGGCCGAACUGGUUGCCAUCUUUCCGGCCACAAUGCGUGAGGAAGCGCUCCGUAAUGCCCUGAAACAGCUUAAUUAUAACACUAAUCUGAUUCAAACCGAAUGCACUCGUUUGCAGCGAGCUUUUGUCGAAGAAAAUCAGCAGUCGGUUCUGUCUGACAGCAUUAAGGUUAUCAUGGAACAAGUUCGGGGCUGUGCGUACGAUCUAGCCAUGUCCACGAAAAUUUUGAUAACGCAUUUCCAACAGUCGUGAGUCUACUUGCAAUAAUUAUCGUGCACGCACCUUACAGUAAUUAUAUCCUCAAACGCUAUAAUAGAAGUAUUUCUUCAUCGUUGAAAAAAACAAACGGAAGAUUGCCGAAUGUGCCAAAUAAUGUUUUUUAGAGAAGUAUUUUGACUACAUUUUAUGAACGUAUUUAAUUAUGUCAUCAGAAUAUUACUAUUUUUAAUGAGAGCUAACAAUACACCUUAGAGCGGAUAAUUUAUUUUUUAACUUUUCCGAGAUGUUUAGACAGAAUAAAUAACUAACGACAAUCGUUUCGUGGUGUUUCUACUUUUUAUUGCUGCGGAAAGUGGCAUUUGUUUUAGUGCACACAACAAACUGAUACAACCGAUACGUAAUCAAACUAACCUUUUAAUGACAAUAAAAUUUGCGUAUUGGCAUCCUA